AUGUCUGAUCAAAACAUUCAUAUAAAUAAAUUCAAUGAACUGCGAAGUAUUUAUAAAUACCACAUUGAUUCAUAUAAUGCAUUGUAUCAGCUGCAAACUGAAAAUGAAGAAGAAUUAAACAAGAUUUACAAAAUGAUCAAAGCAGAACUGAUUGAUUCAAAGAAAUGCCCUCCCACAAAUAUUAUGAAUAGUAUUUUAGAGAUCAUUCCUUAUAAUAAUCGCUAUUCAAAGUCAUAUUUAUUUCUUGCCAAACUCAUAUGUGAUGAUUAUCAUGUCAAAGAUGUCUUUAAUGUUAAAGAUAUUUCAAACUACUUGUUUUAUAAAGAAUAUGGAAUUAUAUUAGACAAAAAAUAUGAUUUCGAAGGAUUUAAAUCUGAAAAUCUGGAUAUUCAUACAGAAAAUACAAUUUACAAAGCAAUUAUGUAUAAUGACCUAGAAAGUUUCAUCACAUUCACUGAAAUAGAUGGUUUUGAUAAAGAUCAAAAACUUAAAAGCAAAUUAUAUCCAUAUUCUAUGAAAAGAUAUUCAUUACUUGAAUUAUGCUGUUACCAUGGAGCAGUUGAUUGUUUCAAGCUAUUAAGGACGAAAUUCAAUUCAGAAAUAGCUCAAACAUGUCUAGAUUUUUCAUUUUUAGGCGGAAAUCCAGAGAUCAUGAGUGAAUGUUUGAAAUAUCAAAAACCAGGUAAAUUUUGCAUGAAAAAUGCAAUUAUUUCACACAACAUUGAUUUUGUUACAUUCUUGAUGAAUGAAUACAAUAUAGAAAUCGAUUUAGGUUCAUGUGGAUUAUUUAAUAAUCUUGAAGCGUUUUUAGUUUAUUUCGAUCAAACUAAUGAUGUUAACAAAUGCUUUCUUAUAUCCCCUUAUUUCAAUACUCCAUCUCUUUGCAAAUACUUCCUUUCAAACGGUGCAAAUAUCAACGAAAAAGAUGACUUUGGAAAAACUGCUCUUCAUUAUGCAGCAAAAAAUAAUAUUAUAGAAAUAGCCAAACUUAUUAUUUCACAUGGCGCAAAUGUUAAUGAAAAAAGAUUGUAUUAG